UUCAUUUUCAUAGUUACUUUCUAGUGUGGUGGAGUGUCCCACUUUUCAAGCCUCUCUGUUUUCCCUUGUCUCUCUUUGCUAACCCUCUUUCUGUGUUCCACUCAAAAGGAUCCACAACGAACCAUACCAACAUUGCAUCAAAUGGGCACUUCCGGCGACAAUUUUCUCCAAGUUCUCUUCAAGAACUUCGAUGUUCUUGCUCUGCCCUUGGUCACCCUGGUUUACCCUUUAUAUGCUUCGAUAAAGGCCAUAGAGAGUAGGUCCAGUAUUGAUGAUCAGCAAUGGCUCACUUAUUGGGAUCUCUAUUCUUUGAUCACUCUGUUUGAGCUCACAUUUUCCAAAGUUCUUGAAGUGCUUGCCAUUUGGCCUUAUGCGAAGUUGAUACUUAGUUGCUGGCUGGUUCUUCCACAGUUCAAUGGGGCAGCACAUGUUUAUAGGCACUAUGUUAGACCCUUCUAUAUGAAUCCACAAAUGCCACAAAUGCCACAAAUGCCAAAAUUUUCAGGAGCUUCUCAAAUGUGGUAUGUUCCUCGAAAGAACAUAUUUAGUAAGCAGGAUGAUGUCCUUUCUGCUGCUGAGAGAUACAUGGAAGAGCAUGGAACUGAAGCAUUUGAAAGACUCAUAACCAAGGCUGACAGAGAUGCUAGAGCACGGAGGAAUGGAAGUUACAUGAUCUUUGAUGAUGAUUACAUAUAUUAACUGUGUUAACCCUUAAACUCAUCUGUAGUAUCACCAUGGCAAUACUUUAAUAGUGAUUUAAGUGUAAGACUUAUGAAUUUAGUUAAUUUAGAUAUAUGUCUAGUUCAAGUUGAGA